CAUUUCAUUCGAACAACUGCACAACAAGACUGUCAAGGAAGUGCCUUCCGAAAUGCCUCCCUUUCGCGACAAGUUCGCGUUGAUGACUUGAUCGGGCAGCUUGAUGAAGAAGAGUUAGUCAACCAGUUACUUAAAGGUGGUGCCGGGAGUACUCAUGGUCCCGCACCACCAAUUCCUCGUCUGUGCAUUAGACCCUACCAGUGGCGUUCUGAAUGUCUGCAUGGCUACGCAGAAGAUGGAGAUGCUACAAGUUUUCCUCAAGCUAUUUACCUAGCUGCAUCAUUCGAUCGGAGACUUAUAUAUAAUGUCUCUCUUGCCACUGCGUUUGAAGCACGAGCAAAGUACAAUUACUAUGUAAAGACCGGCCAGUACGAAGACCACAAGGGCAUUCACUGCUUCUCACCUGUUGUCAAUAUAAUGCGUCAUCCACUUUGGGGACGUACUCAGGAAACACUGGGUGAAGAUCCAUUUUUAACCGGUGCUCUGUCAAAUGCCUUCGUGCGCGGUCUGUCCGGAUUUCCUCUACACGGCCGAAUUUCCUACGAGGAUAAACACCUGUAUUUGACUGCAGCCUCUUGCAAACAUUUUGCAGUCCAUGAUGGACCAGAAAAUAUACCCGUUUCCAGACUGUCCUUUGAGGCAAAUGUGUCUGUGGCGGACAUAAAGGCUUGGAAAUUUCCCGGUAUGUUGCGAUUUUGA